CAUGAAUCAACCUGUUCAUUUCCGGUACGCGUAUCGGAGCGUUCCGAAACGCAGAAUUAGUCGAUUGGAAACACGUUUUUUUAUGUUUCGCAACGAAUUUAGUGACAAUCGGGUACAAAAACAGUAUGUGUUUUUAUAAGCCACCAGGGUUUGGGUUUCUCUCUGUUUUCGCUCCGAUUUUCUUCAACAACCAUAUGAUUUAGAUAAUAUCUGGCACUAUAGCUACCUAAUGGAGCCAUCGACUGAAUACGUUGCGUUUGAAGAGAAGGUGAAGAAGACGAUCUACAUCGACAACUUAUCCCCUCAGGUUACGAAAGCUGUUUUAGAAUAUGCAAUCAAUCAGUUUGGGAAUGUGAAAGACGUUCGGUUCGUUCCCACGUAUUUCGCGUCUCGCGGUGUUUGUGCUGCUCUGGUGGAGAUGGAAUCAGCCAAACAGGCUGAAGAAAUCAUCUGUGAGAUGGGUGAUUCUCCUCUUAUGAUAUCCGGAAUGCCCAGGCCCGUGAGAGCCCGAAAAGCCCGAGUUGAAAUGUUCGAGGACCGGCCCAAGAAGUAUCCGAGAACUAUUGUGUCCCGUUGGAUGGAUCCAAGCCAUCAAAACUUUGAGCUGGCUGAGAAGAUCAAAGAUCUGACGAAGAAACAUGCUGCUGAGGCUCAAUAUCUAAUGGAGCUACAACUUGAAGAAGAAGAGAAGCUGCAUAAACAGCAAGGCGAGACCCUGAAAACAAACUACAAGAAGUAUGAGCUGAUUGAUGAUGCAGAUGGAAAUGUGAAGCGUUUGAAAGCUGAAUAUGGAAUGACACUCAACGACCACCACUGAUCUGAUGCUUCUAGUUUUCAUGUCGUAGUAUGAGGUGGACAAGUGGAGUUGCAGCAACUGCAGACUCUGCUGUCCAGGUAUGGGCGAAGAAGGAUGAGGUGGACAAGUGGCUAUAGAAGAUGGAGAGCUGGAAGGUCAAUUUUUCGGUCAAGCAGAUCAGAUCUGAUCUGGAGCGUGUAGAGCAGGGUCAAGCACAACAGUUCGUUUUCAAAUGGUGUAAGUUUUCUAUCUCCAAGGUCAAUUAUUUUGUUCUAAAAACUAAAUAAUCUUUGUCGCUUAUUGGUUUCUUCUUUCGUUAUAGUUGUUGAAAUGUUUGAAUUGUGUGUUCUAGACGAUAAAUAAUCCACAUUUAGGUUUCCCAUUGUAGUUUUUAUGAAUAUGAAUGAAAUGAUCAGAAACGGAACUGGCGUAUGAA